ACCGUCUUGGCUGGUUGUCAAAACCACUACACCGGAGACAAAGCAGCUCAGGUUGCUCCAGAGGUUGCCAGAAAGAGACAAGGGGCUGCACUGUCCAGCCAGUCCUCAAUUCCUGCUGGUUCAGGCCUGACACGGCAGUACCAUGGCCGACCGUGAAGAAUCUGGGAAGAUGAAUGGCAAUGCUGGUCACUCUUCCAGUCUCCUGGAGCCACCCAAAGAGAGCAUGCAGCUAAAAAAGGAGAUCUCGCUGCUCAAUGGAGUCAGUCUGAUCGUAGGAAACAUGAUUGGCUCCGGCAUCUUCGUCUCCCCGAAGGGUGUGCUUAUCUACAGUGCCUCUUAUGGGCUGUCGCUAGUCAUCUGGGCCAUUGGGGGCCUGUUCUCAGUGGUGGGGGCCCUUUGUUAUGCUGAGCUGGGAACAACAAUAACAAAAUCAGGGGCAUCUUAUGCAUACAUCUUGGAGUCAUUUGGUGGCUUCAUUGCAUUCAUUCGUCUGUGGACAUCUUUGUUGAUCAUUGAACCCACCAGCCAAGCAGUCAUAGCUAUUACAUUUGCAAACUACUUGGUGCAGCCACUCUUUCCAACAUGUGAACCACCAUAUGCAGCAGCCAGGCUCAUCGCUGCAGCGUGUAUAUGUUUACUGACAUUUAUCAACUCUGCCUACGUAAAGUGGGGAACUCGAGUGCAGGACAUUUUCACCUAUGCAAAGGUUGCAGCCCUCAUUGUCAUCAUUGCCACUGGCAUCGUGAAGCUGAGCCAGGGCUACACAACCAACUUCGAAUCGUCCUUUCAGGGGUCAUCUACAGAUCCUGGUGACAUUGCGCUGGCGUUGUAUUCUGCCCUCUUCUCUUACUCUGGCUGGGACACACUUAACUUUGUAACUGAGGAGAUCAAAAACCCAGAAAGGAACCUGCCUCUGGCCAUCGCCAUCUCUAUGCCCAUUGUCACCGUCAUCUACAUCCUCACCAAUGUGGCCUACUAUGCUGUUCUGGAUGUUAGUGCUAUACUGGCCAGCGAUGCAGUGGCAGUGACUUUUGCAGAUCACACUCUUGGUGUAAUGGGCUGGACUAUCCCCAUUGCUGUGGCUUUGUCCUGCUAUGGAGGCCUCAAUGCCUCUAUUAUAGCUGCAUCCAGGUUGUUUUUUGUGGGCUCUCGUGAGGGUCACCUUCCAGAUGCUCUGUCCAUGAUCCAUAUACAGAGAUUCACUCCAGUCCCUGCUCUGAUCUUCAAUUGUGUCAUGUCACUGAUCUACCUGACGGUGGAGGAUGUCUUCCAGCUCAUCAACUACUACAGCUUUAGCUAUUGGUUCUUCAUGGGACUGUCCAUUGCUGGCCAGAUCUACCUCCGCAUAAAGGAGCCUGACAGACCCAGACCUCUCAAGCUGACGUUACUGUACCCAGUGGUCUUCUGUCUGUGUGCUGUGUUCCUGGUGGCAGUUCCUCUUUACAGUGACACUGUCAACUCUCUGAUUGGCAUUGCCAUCGCCCUAUCAGGCGUUCCUGUCUACUUCUUUGGUGUUUAUCUUCCAGAGUCUCAACGACCACCUGUCAUCUCCAAGCUACUGUGUUGGCUGACUCACUUCACCCAGUAUACCUGCUACUGUGUACUGACAGAGAUGGACAAAAGCCAGUAGAAUCUAUUACACUUGAACACUUCCAUCUCCAGCCACCAGACAACAAAUUCAGCUGGGAAAAAGGGAUUUCUGACUCUUUUAUUGUACUGUCAACCACACUGAAACUGUCAGACUUGAAAAUGCUGCCACAGAUGCAAAUGCUCACUUGUAGAUUCAUCCUGGACUUCAAGGAUUUUCAGAUGACAGAUGACCUCUGUUAUAAACUCUGCACCUUGUUAGUUUAACAGGUAGUACAGUCUGUAUGCCUUUUUAAAUAGUAUUUGUGAGAUUUUACAGGUGCUGUGACCACAGGGACCUGAUAGCAAUACAAGUAAAUUUUAUGCUGUAUGAAUGCAUGCCCAGUCACACCUGAGAUUAAACUGUCAGUCAUGGUCACUUUUAGAAUUGAAAAAAAAAGAAACAAAAUACUGCUGCUAUGUGAAGAUGUUGGCUCAUUAUUCCAGUGACAUUGCCUUUAUGUAGCGUUGGUGCCAUUUUCCUUGUAGUUUCA